AUGGCCGCCUCAAGCGCCCGAGCGGCUUUGUCGCACAAGAGAAACGGCCGCAGGCGGAGGCAAGACAAGCCUGCUAUCUCUGCCAGGCUGGUUCUCGACGAUCAUAUCAAGGGCGACGUUGGCAUCCUGUCCCAGGACCUGUUUGCGGACCUCUUCCCCCAGCUCGGCGACGACGCAGACGAUGAACAGCCGGGCCAGGUGUACCAUGUCGCCGUCUCGCCCUGGGCACCGAAUGCCGCACCUUCCGAGACGGCCUGGUCCAUAGUCCCCGUUGUGCGAUCUGCCGCGCUCGCCCACUCGACUGUUCAGUUCUCCCCCUCGUCGCCGGCCCUUCAGAGCUUUGCCGUCACUCUGCAGCAAGUCGCGCCUUCGAAAUUGUCCAGCCAUAGUCGGAGCGGCAUUGAGAUUCUUGUCCUCGACGUCGCUCCGAUACCGCUCGAGACCGUCUUCGUCAGCCUGGAAAGCGAAUCCACCAAGCGCAUCGAAAACGGCGAGGGCACAUUCUACCGUGAUCACUCCACGCAUCCACAAGGCAAGGUCACGGCGAGCCAAACCGCCCAGGAGCGGCUCACGGCGGCGAUCAGAACAUCGCUUGGCAGCCUCAAGGUUGUCCACGCGGGAGACAUGUUCGCCCUGCCCCUCGCGCCGCAUCCCGUCACGCAUCAACCGCCGAACCCAGGCAAAAUUAUGCUUUGCGAGCCUGUCGCCCAAGGCGUGCUGACCAGCACAACGAAAAUCGUGCUCAUGCGCGGGCGCGUCCACGCGAGGCACGCCCGGCGACAGGCCUCCAUGGAGGCGAGCCACCGACUCAACGGCGUCACUGAAGACGACGAAGAUGGCAACACCGACCAGUUUUUCUCCGCAGCAGAAGAACGAUACCGGACCGAUGCACGACCUGACGAGACCGAGACCGAGACCGCUACGGAGACGGAGACGGAGUUGUCAGAGCUCGAGCAAGACGAUGAGCUAUCCGACGACUCCAUGGACGACAUGCUCUCACUGCACGCCCCUGCGCUCCCACCAACCAAUGUUAGCGGGCUGGGUACGAUGCAGCCUGGAACGCCCAUGACAAUGGGAACCCUCCGCGGGCGGAAGACCAACGGCGCUGCUACCCCAGGAUCCGUCUUCUCCAAUUUUACAUCUGCCACGGCCCGACCGGACCGACCGCGUGGCCGCCUAUUCAAGGCGCAGGGCCUCCUCAAGCCGAUGCCGUCGGACCUCCUACACCCGAAACCCUCCGCCGACGAGGAUGAAGAAGCCAGGAUAUAUGUCGAAAUGUCGUCGCUGCCCAAGAUUGGCUGCUUUUCGGGCGACUGGGCCCGCAUCGAGGUAGCAGAAGAGCCACCACUGAACGGAUUCGGCGCAUUUGGGCUUGGCAGCUUUGGGCAGCCCGAGGUCGAGGGAAACUGGCGCCCGGUCCGGGUGUACGGACUCCCAGAGGGCUACUCCCAGCGACCGGUCAGCAGGAUUCCGACCUCCAGAUCCGGAGAGCGGAAGACUUCUUUCUUCGACUCUCAGGUCCAACGGCCGUCAAGUCCGACCGCUUAUGCGUCUCCUGUCCUCAUCGCCAAUCUCGAAAACGCUACGCACCUUCGCAUCUCCGCCCUCAAGAAACAGUCAUAUCAAGGAAAGGGCACAUUGCCUCGUUUCACGAGCGCCUCCCAUCCACCAUACGCCAAGGAUAUUGCGAUCCACCAUAUCCGUACACCAAUCUCGGCCGAACGAGCCUAUCAGACCGCGGUCUUGGGCGGGCUCAAGCGAUACUUUGCGCAAAAGACUCGCCUCGUCCGAACGGGCGACCUGAUCGCUGUACCGGUUGAUGCUCAGCUAGGUCGGGUGCUCCAGGAAGGGCCGGCUACGGGAGGCUCAGAAGUCGACGAUGUCGUGGCGCUGACCGCAGGCAACAACAAGGAUCAGGCGCCGUCUCACGUCGACAACGUCGCGUGGUUCAAGGUCGGACAUAUACAAAUCCAGAAGGCGGACGAGGAUGAGGACAGUACCGCCGAGGCGUUUUGGGGCUCGGUGGCAUGCAUCGACAGCUCCACCGUCGGCAUGCACGGUUCGGGCUUCGAGACGAGCAAGAUACCGGGCAGCAACCAGAGCACCUGGCCGUACUACUUGGGUUUGAAGAAGGUGCCCCGACGCACGUCCGACGUUUCCCCUCCUGCGUUGGCAGAACAGAAGCCUCAGUAUGUGUCUCCACUCCGACGGCAGCUCAGAGAGCUUCUCGCAGCUGCGACAAGCCAGAGGGCUAUCCAUCUCAAAAUGCCGCCCGUCGCCAUCCUCCUCACUUCCACGCACCGAAACAUUGGAAAGUCGACCCUUGCGACAGCGGCCUGCGCCGACAUGGGCUUGCACACCUACUCCAUUGAUGCGUAUGACAUCUUGAGCGAAGGAGGUGGCAGCGGUGGCGAUGUCAAGACAGAGGGGUUUCUAAGAACGCGAGCCGAGAGGGCCAUGAGCUGCGGUCCGGACUGCUGUGCGCUGCUGAUACAGCAUGUCGAGGCCCUCACGGCGGAUCGAAUCGAAUCUACCAUGAAGGAGAUCCUGGAAGACGCCAGAGUGCUCAUCGCUACCACCAACGAGGUAGACCAAGUGCCAGAUGGCGUCCGCGGCCUCUUCACGCAUGAACUGGAGAUGGGGGCUCCGGAUGAGGCCGAGAGAGAGACGAUUCUCCGAGCGGUCGUAGAGGAUCGCGGAGUCAGCCUCGAGCCCUCGAUCGACCUGAACUCUAUCGCACUCAAGACUGCGGCGCUUGUGGCGGGCGACCUGGUGGACGUUGUGGAGCGCGCGUCCAUUGCCCAGCAGGCACGACUUGAGCAGCUGUCGCGGAAAACUAGCGGCGACGGAGCCACAGUGACGGUCAGGGACCUGCAGGUCGCUGGUGGGCCGCUCGCACGAUGCCUCACCGCGGCCGACUUUGACGUGGCCGUGGAAGCUGCUCGGAAGAAUUUCUCCGACUCGAUUGGUGCCCCCAAGAUUCCCAACGUGACGUGGGACGACGUUGGUGGCCUCAGCAACGUCAAGGAGGCCGUCACGGAGACCAUUCAGUUGCCUCUGGAGCGACCGGAGCUGUUCGCCAAGGGUAUGAAGAAGCGCUCUGGCAUCCUCUUCUACGGACCUCCCGGCACUGGCAAGACGCUUUUGGCAAAGGCCAUUGCGACCGAGUACAGUCUCAACUUUUUCAGUGUCAAGGGACCCGAGCUGCUCAACAUGUACAUUGGUGAGUCGGAAGCCAAUGUGCGACGAGUCUUCCAGCGAGCGCGCGACGCACGGCCCUGCGUCGUCUUCUUCGAUGAGUUGGACUCGGUAGCACCGAAGCGAGGAAACCAGGGCGAUAGCGGUGGCGUGAUGGACCGUAUCGUGUCUCAGCUUCUCGCAGAGUUGGACGGCAUGUCUGGAGGUGAGGACGCCGGGGGCGUCUUCGUGAUCGGUGCGACGAACCGACCUGAUCUGCUGGACCCUGCACUACUGCGCCCUGGUCGGUUCGACAAGAUGUUGUAUCUUGGUGUAUCCGACACACAUGACAAGCAGCUCACCAUCAUGGAAGCGCUCACCCGAAAAUUCACCUUGCACCCGUCAGUGUCUCUCAAGGCGGUGGCCGAUCGCCUCCCCUUUACAUACACAGGCGCCGACUUCUACGCCCUCUGCAGCGACGCCAUGCUCAAAGCUGUCACGAGACAAGCGGCAUCAGUGGAUGCCAAAGUCAAGGCCAUCAACAGCGAGCGCGGCGGCAAGCACGAGAUAUCGACGGCGUACUACUUUGACCACUACGCCACGCCCGAAGACAUUGCUGUCAUGGUCACCGAGGCGGACUUCAUGGCCGCUCACGAAGAGCUCAUUCCUAGUGUCAGCGCCGGAGAGCUGGCGCAUUAUGAAAAGGUCCGCGCCACGUUUGAAGGGGUUAGCGACAAGCAGAGCGAUGCCUCUGGGGCUCCGCCUGGGGCGACUAAUGGAUCUGCCCACACGCUGCCGCAGAGGAAUAAGAUCAGCAGCUCCGGGCACACGGUCAAGUCCAGCAAGGGCAAGGGCAAGGGCAAGGCCGCGGCCUUGACCAGUGACGAUGAGUUCGACGACAGCGACCAUGGGAGCGUGAUUGGGCCGACGAAUGGAAAUUCCAAGGGCAAAGGCAAGGCGGUUAUGGGGUUCCUGGAUGGGACGGCGAGCGACGAUGACGGACUGUAUUAA